AACCCGAUUUACCGCCAGCAGCAACCAAUCUACUAGUGUCGAAUGCUAGAGCCUGGAGAGGUGGUGAAAGAAAAGUGAUGGCGAUGGUGGUGGCGGUGAUAGUCUUCAUUUCUCUGUUUCUGUUUGUUUUUUUAGCAAUCAAAUUUGCCACAGCUGAUGGGGAUUUUACUUUGACGUCCAAAGGCGGUGCGAAGCGCGACCAGAUUGAAGAUAAAGUUGUUUGGAUAACUGGCGCUAGCCGCGGAAUUGGGGAGAUUCUUGCUAAGCAACUUGCGAAAUUGGGGGCUAAGCUCAUUAUUUCUGCACGUAAUGAAGCUGAAUUGGAGCGUGUCAAGAGAGAACUGACUGGUAAACAUGUACCUGAUGGUGUAAAGGUUUUGCCAUUGGAUUUGGCAUCUGGUGAAGAUCGUCUCAAGGAUGCUGUAGAGAAAGCAGAGUCCUUCUUUCUUAAUGCUGGUGUUGAUUAUAUGAUCCACAAUGCAGCUGUUGAGCGUCCUAAAACUACAGCUUUGGAUGUUACUGAGGAGAGUCUGAAGGAGACAUUCAAUGUCAAUGUUCUUGGGACACUAACGCUUACUCGGUUGCUAGCACCUUACAUGCUGAGGCGGGGGAAGGGACAUUUUGUUGUGAUGAGCAGUGCUGCGGGAAAGACACCGGCACCAGGUCAGGCCAUGUACUCUGCCUCUAAACACGCAUUAAACGGGUACUUUCACACGUUGCGUUCUGAGCUGUGUCAGAAAGGAAUCCAGGUGACCAUUGUUUGCCCUGGGCCAAUAGAAACAUCAAAUGCUUCUGGAGCAGCAAGCUCUGAAAAUAAAGCUUCUCGUGAGAAGCGUGUGUCAUCAGAAAGAUGUGCAGAGUUGACGAUAGUUGCUGCCACCCAUGGUCUGAAAGAAGCUUGGAUAUCUUACCAGCCUGUGCUGGCUGUAAUGUACUUGGUGCAAUACAUGCCAACUAUUGGUUAUUGGCUCAUGGACAAGAUUGGUGGAAAUCGAGUUGAAGCAGCUGCACGGAAGGGGAACACUUACUCGUUGAGCUUACUGUUUGGGAAAAAGAAGGCAUCAUGAAUCUUUUGAUCUGAAGCUCCAUCUUGUUGCAUUUGAUUUAGCACCCACGAGACAGUGCCUUCUAUGGGAAGGGCUACAUCGAAACCAUGUUGACGGAAAACCUACACUCAUUUUUACUUGUACAUCUUUUUUCUUUCCAAAGUAUCAAAAAUGCAUUAUGGUUUUGA